CCUCCUACCUAUCCUAACAAUCCUUCUGGUUACCAUAAAACCCAACCACCCUCUUUCUCUCAGUGACUCACUCUCGCACUCGUGAAAUACAAGUAAAAACACAGAGCAAGCAAACCCAAACUCGGAAGCUCCAAAUCACUGAGUCAGGCAUGGCGGUGGCCUCCACAUCUCUCGCUUCUCAACUCUCUGGCCCUAAAUCCGUCUCCUCGUACUCCGGUCUGCGACGAUCGUGCUCCAAGUUGGACCACACCCAGUCUCUCUCCCUCUUCCAACACCUUCACUCCCAGCUCCGCCUCUCUUCCUCCUCCCGCAAAGCCUCCAGAGGCGUCGUCGCCAUGGCCGGCACUGGAAAGUUCUUUGUUGGUGGAAACUGGAAGUGUAAUGGCACAAAAGACUCUAUCAGCAAGCUAGUCUCUGACUUGAACAGUGCCAAAUUGGAAGCAGAUGUUGAUGUUGUUGUUGCACCACCAUUUCUUUACAUCGAUCAGGUGAAGAACUCGUUAACAGAUCGUAUUGAAAUAUCUGGUCAAAAUUCGUGGGUUGGAAAAGGUGGCGCUUUCACGGGAGAAAUCAGCGUUGAACAAUUGAAGGAUAUUGGGGCCACAUGGGUUAUUCUUGGACACUCAGAACGGAGGCAUGUAAUUGGGGAAGAUGAUCAGUUUAUAGGAAAGAAAGCUGCCUAUGCCUUGAACGAGGGUCUUGGAGUUAUUGCUUGCAUUGGUGAGAAGCUAGAAGAAAGGGAAGCAGGGAAAACUUUUGACAUCUGCUUUCAGCAACUGAAGGCUUUUGCAGAUGCGGUACCCAGCUGGGAUAAUAUAGUUAUUGCUUAUGAGCCUGUUUGGGCCAUUGGAACUGGUAAGGUGGCCAGUCCAGAACAAGCUCAGGAAGUACAUGUAGCUGUCCGUGAUUGGCUCAAGAAGAACGUGUCACCAGAAGUUGCAUCCAAAACAAGAAUUAUUUAUGGAGGGUCUGUAAAUGGAGGCAAUUCUGCUGAGCUUGCAAAGAAGGAAGAUAUUGAUGGUUUUCUCGUUGGUGGUGCUUCCUUAAAGGGUCCUGAAUUCGCUACCAUAAUCAAUUCCGUAACAGCCAAGAAAGUUGCAGCUUGAUUAUGGUUGUUUUGGCACCAGGAUCAAAUAAAGGGCCAUGCGAAGGUACACUUUGAGUUUGAAGCUUUGUUGUAACAAAUGUAUGAGCCAGUCUAUCAUACGGAUUUUUUCUUCUUCUUUAUUUUUCCUUCUUUUUGUGUGGUCAUUUUUUAAGUUUUCCUCCAUAAAGAUAGGAAAUAUCUUCUAUCCAUUUUCCAUGGGCCACUUAUUGUCUGGUGGACACUAGAGCAAUACAAGUCAUUUUAAGCUUAAAACAUUUUGAACCAAAG